AUGGCUACCCAGCCGCUGAAAUCAAAUCCACCAAUUCUAUUUCUACCCAAUGAGCUUAUCGCCGAUAUUCUAUCUCGUCUUAGGGUUAAAUAUCUGAUGCAAAUGAAAUGCGUCAGUAAGUCAUGGAACACUCUUAUCUCUGAUUCUAUGUUCAUCAAAAUGCAUCUUAAUCAAUCAUCACUAAAUCCACAAUUCUCACUUAUAUAUUCGCAGAACAACGAUCACAGUUUUGUAUCUUUCCCUGUUAGUCUAUUAUGGGAAAACCGUAGCAUCAAUAUUUCUCAUGAUCCUUAUUACCAAUUGAAUGACAAGAGUUGUGAAGAGAUUGUUGGUUCUUGCAAUGGACUAGUAUGCUUGGCAGGUCAUUCUCUCAAUGAGAUUACUAGGUGUAAAGAAAGAUGGCUUCGGUUCUGGAAUCCUGCUACGAGAGCAAUAUCUAAUAAAUUAGGGGCUUAUUAUUAUAAAUUUAAAUAUUAUAAGUUCACGUUUGGUUACGAUAAAUCAACUGAAACUUAUAAAGUGGUGGUGUUCGGUUCAAAUUUGAAGGAAAAGAAUAUUGUGAAAAUCUUGAGUUUAGGUGAUAAUGUUUGGAGAAGUAUUCAUGGCAUUCAUGCUAUUCCUCUUCAAUUCUACUUUGAUCAUGAGUAUGAUGGUGUACAUUUGAGUUGCACUAUUAACUGGAUGGCAUUUCAGAGUGUGUUUGGUGGAGAUGAUAUUAAUGAGUAUGUAAUAAUUUCGCUUGAUUUGAGCACAGACACAUUCACACAGCUGAUGCCCCCUGAAAAUUAUGACAAUGAUGGGUAUGUACCAAAUAUUUGUGUGUUAAUGGAUUCCCUUUGUUUUUCUUAUGAAAAGGAAAGUGAAAUUUUCAUAUGGCAGAUGACAAAAUUCGGAGAUGAAAAAUCGUGGUCUCAUUUCCUUAAAUUUAGUUAUCACAAUGUUGGAAUAGAUUAUAAAUUUGGUCACCCAUUUAUUUUGCAUAUUUCUGAGGACGGUGAUACACUAUUAUUAGCAAACAACCAACAAGACAGUGCAAUUCUUUAUAACUGGAGAAAUAAUAUAGCAAAGAAAACUAGAAUCAACAAUAAGAUAUGUUGGUUCUCUAUAAGGAAUUAUGUCGAAAGUUUAGUUCCAACGUGUUGA